CAUUGUGGACUGAUAAUUGGUAACGCUCAGCUCAAAAGUCCCCAGAGCCUGCACAGACCUGGAGGUGUCAUUACUUUAGCAGGCAACGAAAAGCUUUCUUCUGCUGUUGUUUUGAAAAAUCUCUUUUACCACUUUUUACCACGCACACAGAGCAGAGGUAAUGGAUUGCGGCGUGAUCACCUCCAAAACGGUGUUGCUUCUGAUCAGCCUGUUUUUUUGGGCUGCAGCAGCUGGACUUUCAUAUGUUGGCGCAUACGUCCUCAACACCUACAAGGAAUAUGACCCUUUCCUCCAGGAUAAAUACCCUCUCCUGCCGGCUGUCAUCAUCAUUGGUGUUGCCGUGGUGAUGUUCGUUAUCGGCCUCAUUGGCUGCUGCGCUACAAUCCGUGAAUCCAAGAUUGGGUUGGGAGUGUUCCUGGUCAUUAUCCUGUUGAUCUUCAUUGCUGAAGUGGCAGCUUUUGUCCUUGGAUUCAUUUACAAAGGACAGGUAAAAACAGAUUUGCACGAACCAAUGCUGCAAUCAUACAAGAACUAUGACGGGAAAACGGAAGAGUCUCACAUCAUAGAUUACUUACAGCAAGAGCUUCAGUGUUGCGGAGUCGACAACUACACCGACUGGAUUGGUAGCCGAUGGUUCAACGCCACUGGCAACCAGAGCGUCCCCGUAAGCUGCUGCAAGCGAGACGUCAUUAAGGAAAACUGCACAGGGCAGCUGAGUGACCUGAAGUUUCUCAAUACACAAGGCUGUGAGGAGAAGGUGGAGUCUAUUCUGCAGAGUGUCCUCAACUACGCUAUGCUUGUCAUCCUAGGAUUUGCCAUUGUGAAGUUCUUUGGGAUGCUUAGUGUCUGCGUGCUGACCUGCAAGAGAGAACAGCACAACGGUUACCAUCCUUUGUCAGGGACGUUUGCUUGAUCGGAAGACGGAGAGUGACCCUUCGUUCUGCUCUUCCAAGAUAAAAUGGACUUGGGAAAGAUGCUCUGAACAGAAAACGUUUUGCCUGCUUUUGUAAAAUGCUGAAUCCUUAUCUCGGUGAACAGAAAGGAGAUUCCUUUCAAAGCUUGUUAUUAAAUGUGACCUCACUUGGAUUUAAC